AAAAAAAAGAAAAAAAUGGGCGCGCUCUCUCUCCUCCCCCUCCCCAUUAUCGCUCUCCCCCAAUCCCUCCCCAAUCCCCAUCGAAUCCCCUCCCCGAAGCUCCAUUCCCCCUCUCCCCCUCCGUCCCCGAGCUCCACCUCGGCUCCGCCACGCUCCCUCUUCCUCGUCCGCGGCUCCGGCGGCGGAGGCGGCGGCGGGAGGCGGCGGGAGGGGUCGGAGUUCUUGGACGAGGACGGGGUCGUCGACGACAUGGACGGAUACCUCAACUACCUCUCCCUCGAGUACGACUCCGUUUGGGACACCAAACCCGCGUGGUGUCAACCGUGGACUAUAUUGCUUACAGGCGUUAGUAUAGUUGGCUGUAGCUGGAUACUCAUCCAUUCCAUACUAAUUACCUCUGCAGUCUUUGUCUUGAUAUGUACAUGGUGGUACCUCUUUCUACACUCAUAUCCAAAGGCAUACUCGGAUAUGAUAGCUGAGCGGCGGAGAAGGGUGACGAACGGUAUUGAAGAUACGUACGGUAGUAGAAAAGUCGAGGACUAGUAUCAACAGAGAUCUGUAAAUGCUUGUAAUUCUUCUAGAAGAUUUGUGCUGAUUGGUAAAUGCAGGGUUGAUGUUUCGUAAAAUAUUUGUAAGGAUUUCUCCAUAUUUGUUUCGAAUAGUAAAUGAGAUCUCUUCAUUCUUCUCUAA